UUGAGCACAAAUCACAACAAAAUAGAAAUACAUGAAUCAGAGCAGAAGAAACCAAAAAUGAUCAUGGACUAUAAUGCAGCAAAGGGUGCUGUUGAUUUUCUAGACAAAAUGGUUUCGGCCUAUAGUUGUAAACGAAUGACUAGAAGGUGGCCAAUAGCCAUAUUUCAUAAUAUGAUUGAUAUUUCAUGUUUCAAUGCUUAUGUAUUAUACUGUGACACCCACCCAGACUGGAAACAGAAGAGAACAGUACAAAGACGGUUGUUUCUAGAGAAAUUAGCCAUGGAAUUGGUAAAUCAUCACAUCGAGCGUAGGAAAACUCUUCCUUGGACAAAUGCUUCACUGGAAUUAGUACUACGAGUGCAGUCAGGUGUUACUGAGACAACGAAUACUUCCACUACUCAGAACUCUAAUAAAAGAAAAAGGUGUAGUGUAUGUCCAUCUUCAAAAGAUGUAAAAACUUCAAAAAUCUGUAAAAAAUGUAAGAAACAUACAUGUCCAAAAUAUUCUGAAAUUUUAUGCCUUUUGUGUUGCCAAGAAAAUGAGUAA